UAUUCAUUUUUUGUCCACCCUGUGGAUUAGCUGUUAUGUCACUUCAUUCAUAUACCAGCGGUUCCUUUGGGUCUUUACCUGAUGCCCAGUGUUUGUGGGUCUGGGUUUUGCCCGCAGUAUCCAGCGGGGGGAGUUCCAGUAAUGGCCUGUAUCUGUGGCCGCCUCAUUAGGAGAAACAGUCCAGCCGCCAGUUUGUCGUCGUCGUCUCGACGGGGAGUUCGGCUGAUUAACGGAUUGUCGGAGGUGGAGAUGAUAUGGAUAACCGUGGCAGCCAUUUUUCAACACUGGCAGUAUUGAUUGCUGAUGACAACAGAUGGAAAUGUUGCUCACAGUUUUCUAUCUGCUAAGCUCCCAUAUGAAACAAGUUUUUAUGUCUAUUAUCUUGUUUUUUAGAUAGUAAAAUGACAAGUUAAUGAUGGUAAUCUAUCAAUAACACAUAAUGGGAUAAUAUGAUCCCUACAAAAUCCAUUUUAAUUUCAUGACAAGCAGAAACUUCAAUGUAAAGUGAAACUCCUGGAUGCAGGUUGGGGGCCAAAAAUGCCAAAUACCAGUAAAUAGCUAAUCUCCACAAAAAUAAUUUUAAUAGUUAAAUCACUAAGUAUACCUCAAUAUGCACUAAUAUCCACAGGAGAGCUUCUUAGUGCCACCAUCUAACAUCUAACAUCCAUGUUCUGCCUUACUGGGAGUUCAGCCAAUCAGAGUGUAGGGAAAUAAAUGGCCCUCCUGGAUUGGCUGGUUUGAAGAAUGCCAGCCAAUAGCCUGCCAGGUAAUGCUAUAGCUAGGUGUUUCAUCUUCCCAGGUAACAUUCCAAGAAAAAAAAUUAAAUACGCAAAAUUUUUGUGUAUAUUUUAGUCUAUCUCACAGAAUAAUCUAUAAAUAGGUUAAUUUUCCACAUUUUGGAGUUAUGUUACAUAGAAAAACACCUAAAAUUUUCUGUGAAUAAUGUGGAGAAAUGUGCUACAAAAAAACAAACAUGAAUUUUCUGCAUAUUUUUGCAAAUUAUUUGGAAUCAUGUUCCAAAGACAAAACAUUUGCAUUUUCUGUGAAUAAUUUAGUCACAUUUCCUGGAAAAUCUGCAAUUACGGGUUUCAGUGAAUUCAAAAGAAAAACCCUAUAAGUUUUAUGCAAAUAUUUAUUAGUCUUAAUCCUCAGGAAAAUCUGAAAAAAGGCACAAAUAAUACAGGGAAUGUCAAAGUGUUUUAAAUGCAUGAUAACUGAAAACUACUGGGCUCAUUUUGUGCAGUUUGUUCAUCUUCCAGCGUUCACCAUGAUGUGAAGACAAAAAACAAACAAAACAAAUUAAAGGAGAGAAAAGCCAAUCAGAAACAGUAUGAUAGUAAAAGAAAGAUCGUAAGAUAAACAAAAUAAAAACCUGAGAAAACAACUCUGUGGAUUUGAUCGCAUCUGUUUAGUUGUUAUCGAUUCCCGAAGAAAUUUUCUGAAUAUCACAAUAAAAUGUAAAUUCUGGCUUUUAUUAAGCUUGAUUCUGCCUGCAGAAUCAUUAAACGGGACCUGAGUCGUUACUUUGCGAAAGCACGUCACCAUAUUGCGGUAAAUCCACUUUAGUGGCUGCUGUAAAACUGACGGCUGCAGUAAGCGAAGAGCUGCGUUGUCAUUUGAGUCAUUUCCUCAUUAAAAACCCGCAGCACUCAGGGUGAAAGACGGGCUCUAAAUAACCCAAGUUUGGGAAUUAAUUGUGUUUUAAAAGCAGAGCAGUUGAUUUUUAUGUUCAUCCAUAUUUAAAAUGAAUAUCAUUGUUUCAGUUUAAAAUAUUUACGCUCCCUGAAGUGUUUUGAUGGAGCGUUCAGAGGCUUUCCUCAGAUGUGGCUCUCUGACCUCUCUGCUGUGAAGGUUUCCCUCCGGCGCUGCUGUCGUCAUCAGGCCUCUCCCUGCAUGUCUCACCGGCCGCCUCGGGUUUCAUCUCCUGCCACUUCCUUCUCCGGGAGAGCCGGGCGGGGAGAUGCUCUUUUCACAUCUGCAUCCGUCUGCAUCCGUCUUCUCCGUUUCUGGUCCGUUGCGGUAAUCAAAUCUUUCGGUCUCUGAGAGGCUUCGAAGAUGACUUUACAGUAUUUCACUUCCCCUCACCAUCACUCCCACUCACUGCAGUCUGCCUGGCCUUUCUGGCUAAUGCACAAAUGACAUUUGACAUGCAGAAAUGAACGCUGCUGAGCGCCAAGAAGAUCCUCUAACUGGACAGACGGAAACGAUCAGAGGAGAUCCCUGAAACUUAAAACAAUUGGGAAACAUGUCACAAAAUUUUUCUGCUUCGUGUUUUUCAAUUUAUUGGAAGAUUAGAAACUCUAAUCUUAAAAUCACAAAUUGAUUAUUGUAUUGCUAUUCUGCUGUUAAUACACUACAAAAACACAAAAUCUUACCAAGUAGCCGAUUUUUUUGGUAUAGUUUCUAGUACAGAUGUCUGAGUGAGUGUAAGAUAAGACAAAACUUUAAAAAAAAGUCCUUUAAGAAGUAUUUUUACUGCAUUAUACUUUUUACUUUUACUUGAGUAACUAUUAAAAGGAUUUUUACUUUUACUUGAGUAAAAUUUGUGGAUUUUCUACCCACUGAAUGAAAAACAAACAUGUUUUAACCCCAAAAAAUCACUAGACACAGUUUGCAGUUUUUGCUCAAAGUUUAAGAUUUUUAUUGAAAGAAACUGAUCUGGAAACAUUUUCUUUUGCCUGAUUGUAUUUUUAGAUUCUUACUUGAAUUAUUAUUAUUUUUUCCUUAGAAUACCAGAAUUUCCUACCUUACAAUUCCUCUUGACAUUUUGAUGUAAUUUUUAAGUAUUAAAUGAUUGAUAAUUUGAUAGGUUAUGCCGUACUUGAGUUGACUUUUUACCAAAUACUGUUUUACUUAUGUACAAAUUCUGUCUUAAUUUAAGUGUGUUAAGAUAGUUGCACUAGAAGCUAGUGCUAAGAUUUAGUUUUUGUAGUGUACAUGUUGAUAGUUGAUAAUUGAAUCAAACUCAAGACCCGUGGACCAAAUCCAGCCCGCCGUAGCUUUUUAUGUGGCCCUCUAGAUUAUAGACUAAACACUAAGUGUGCUUAAAUAUUAUUCUAUCAAUCAAGUCAAUGCAGUUUUUAUCUGCUUACUGCCAAAUUAUAUCAAUCAGACCCUCCAGUUUCUUGAGAAUUAUCAUGGAAAUUCACACAGUCAACAAAUGUAUUGGUGAACAGCAAGUUGUAUUUUUACGCUGCUUUCUAAAAAAUUAUCUGACAUUUAGAGCGUCCAUCUUGAACUCAAUAUUAUGAAUUGGGUGAGCAGCCACUCCCAGAUUUGACGAAUAAGCAUAAAAAAACUGUUACUUUGGCAGUUUGAAACUCUCAAACGUAAUUCGUCAUAAAGUAACGUGGGUCAUAUUUCACUUUUAUGGCUGAGUCGAGGUUUUCAUUUCUCAGUAAAAUUGCUCUCAUUUACAAGAGGAAGGUGGAACGACGACAUCCGAGCCACGGCUGCCCACCAUCGCUGGUGAUGGAUGGAUGGAUAAAUAAUACAGAAGGAGCGAAAUAGAAAAUGAAAGGAUGGCGUCUUUAUUAAUGGAUGAACUGUACCAAAACAGAUGGAUGGGGGGAUGGGAGGAAGAGGACGAGGGUUUGGGGAAGUCAGAGAAACCUCGUGAUAUUUGUUUUUUACCCAUGUAGGGGUCUUUGGUAAUGGACAGAAAAUGGGUCAUGAUGUUCAUGGAUGCCCAAAAAGUGAGUUUUUUGCAACCCAUCUGUGUCCAACCCCAAGAGGAUUCCCUCCUACUUUGACCUUAGGUGGAGGUAAAAGUCUGAAGUCUCUUUCCUCCGCCUUGCUCUCGCUGAUGUCUAUGAAUCAUUUAGCAACACUAAUUAGAAUCUUUGUUAUCACAGAUUGCCCCCGAGCCACUUAUAUCUCCACUGCCUUUCAUUUUCAGAUCCUGCUCUUCCUUCCUCCCCCGGGAGGCAUAAAUCAGUCAUUCCUUCACCGCUCCGUCCUCUAUGGACUGGUUAUGGAAAUGAAAGGGCUAAUUGAGACUUAAUUGAAUAACAGAGUAAGACAUAUUCGCAUUGUACUCUUAGGUUUUUACUCAAGUUUUUGGAAAUAAUUACUGUUGCUUCCUGUCUCUUUUGAGCUAUGGCUCAUUAUUAAAGAUGGAUAUUUCUGAAGUGAUGUUCUUGUGUAAAAGUUUUGCCAUUUCAGCAACAAGGCAGUUCAAAGUGUUUCACAUGGUAGAAACAUACAAGUAAACAAAAAGCAAAAAAAAAAACACAUUGUAUUAGUGUAAGAAUAAAUAAAUUAAUCUGUACUGCAGUUAUUAUUAGUUAAAGAAAGUUCUGAAAAGCCUUGAUUUAAAGGAUCUCUGUGUUUCAGCAGAUCUGCAGUUUUCUUGGAAGUUUGCUCCAAAUUAGAGGAGCGUAAAAACUAAAUGCUGCUUCUUUGUGUUUGGUUCUGGUUCUGAUUCUAGUUCAGGUGAACCAGACGAUCUUUAAUAUAUUUUGGUGCUAAGCUGUUCAAUGGUUUGUAAAGUAACAGAAGUAUUUUGAAGUAUAAUCUCUGAGCUACAUCACAAAUGUGAGCAACACUGUCAAUAUUCCACUAAUGUCAGAAACAAAGGCAAUUUUGCAACUAUGGUGUUUCCAUUAAACAAGAAAUGCAAUUAAAAUAAGUGAAUAAGUUUAUUCAUCUGAUGAGCCUUCUACUCAGGUAAUAGAAGGCCAACUUUGUAACUGUCUUUAUGUGUCUCUGAAGGUUCAGGCCAGAUUUCAGACCUGAUCAACUUUCCAGCUGGAAAAGCUGAAGUUGCCUCUAGAUUGUUUCUCUUUAGAUAACUUCGGUUUUGUUUCUGUUCAGCUGGAGAAAGUUUUGGCGCAUCCACGCAUUUAUUUAUCUGUCAGCAAAUUGAAAAUAAAUGGAGUUUUAUGAACUCAAGACUUUUAAAAAUAAAUGAUUUUUGAUUCCUUUGGACCUUGAUCGGAGAGGAAAGCCUGGGCUUUCUGUAUUUUUUUCCCCUGCAAAUCAACUUUCUUCACCGGGACUUUGUUCAUAAUGACACAUCAGUGUCCAAUGAGCUCCACAGGUUAUCGAUGAAGAGUGUGAACAUCUUCUUCUUCUUCUCUUUUUAUUAAACACCUCCACAUAUAAACAGAUUGAGAGACAGCAGGUGUGUGUGUGUGUGUGUUGACUUUAUUUAAGGAGGGGGGAUGGGUGGCAUCACCGUUUCCAUAGAAACGACAUGUUGUAAAGAAAAAGACUGUAAUUUGUAUGGUUUCCAUAGCAACAGACAACACAACAUAGAAAGUUGUGCCAGGUGAGGAUAGGAUGGUAAAUAAAUCGGUUUUUUCCAACAUGUUUGAUCUGAAUUGAUAGAUUUCUCCUGAUCUGCUAAGAAAUCAGGAGAAACAACAGUUUUAUUGUCGUGAAAAGCAGGAGGCGGAGCAGCAAAGGAGCCCGAUCCAGAUGGGAUUUCUGCUUUAAAGGGCGUUAAUUAGCGGUGUCUGGUUGGGUGGGUGGGCUGGAGAUGCCACGAUGAAGGGGAAAUAAAAGGCACAAGGAGGAAGACACGCUGCAGAGGGAAUCCAGAUCGGGCUGAUCUGGGCUGCAUGCAGCCGGCGUCCUUUUCAUUGCGUGCACCGCAUCACUCACCGACCCGCAGAUUCACCCAGCUGGACCACCCUUCAGGUUGCGUGGGGACUUGAUGUUGCAGGGCGGAGCUGGAGCGUCUUAUCUGCAAGGCUGGUCCCCGCAACUGCGUGCAAAGUGAUUGUUUGGUGAGUUUUCUCGCAUCAUGAGGAGUUGCUGAGAUGCUGUUGCGCACGCAGCCUGCAGAAGGCAUCAGUUUUGCUUCGUAACCGCAGCGGAUGAGAGCGAAAAGAGCGAGCAGCGGCGCCGCGGGGACCGCAGCAGAUUGGGAUUCUCCCCCGGCUGCUGACCUCCUGCUCCGGGGGAAGAUUUCUCCCCGCGCCCGGCGCUUCUUCCCCACCGAUGCGUCCGGCGGCCCCUGAUGCUCGGCGGCGCUCCGGGGCUUUCCGGUCGGUGGGAGAGGCUCGAGCCGCGGCCGCGCGCCGGUAGGAUGCUGCGCCAGGUGUUGCACGCGGGACUGAGGACGUCAUUCCACGCGCUGGGCCGGUUCGUGGCCAGUCACGCGGUGUUCUUCGCCUCGGCGCCCGUGCUGCUGGCCAUCCUGCUGGGGGCCAGCUUCAGCCGCUACCGCGUGGAGGGGGACGUGGAGAGCCUGCUGGCGCCCAAACACAGCCUGGCCAAGAUCGAGGGCAACCUGGUGGAGAGCCUGUUCCCCGUGAACCGAUCCAAGCACGCGCUCUACUCCGACCUGCAGACACCUGGACGCUACGGGCGCGUGAUCAUCAGCGCCCGAAGGGGCAGCGUGCUGGACCCGGUUCACCUGGAGACCAUUCUACAGCUCCACAGGCGGAUCUACCAGAUGCAGGUGACGGUUCCGGCUACGACUGCAGCCUCCGGCGGCUUCAACUACUCCUUCUCCUACCUCUGUCUCCCCGACGACAAGAACGUAUGCAUCGUGGACGACAUAAUCCGGGCCAUGGAGGAGAUCCAGUCAGCCCGCACUUCCAACCGAAGCGUCCCGGUUCUGCACUACCCCAUCACACAGCUGGCGGACGGGAGGCAAGCGUACAUCGGGCACCAGCUGGGCGGCGUGCAGGGCUGGGGACACGGCGGCGCGGUGCGACCUCAAGGGACGGCAGCCAAAGGGGAAGGCGUCCGCACUGCUAAAGCGGUGCAGCUCACCUACUACCUCCAAUCCCGGAGCGGGCUGAUGGAUCGGGUGGCGGGUCGAUGGGAGAAAGCCUUCUGUGCCGAGCUAAAGCUCUUCGGAGCGUCGCAUCCAAAGCUGGGGCUUUAUCCCUCCACGUCUUCCUCGCUGCGGACUGACUUCCAGUUCUCCUCCGUGCUGGCACGUCGCCCCCUGCUGGCGAGUUUGGGAGUGUGUGGGGUGCUGGCCAUCCUCUGCUGCUCCAUGAGGGACUGUGUGAGGUCCAAACCCUGGCUGGGUAUGCUGGCUCUGCUGUCUGUGGCUCUGUCAGGACUCACUGCUGCUGGGAUCCUGAACCUGACCGGAGCCACAUAUAACUCCACUUACCUGGGAAUCCCUUUCGUCAUGCUAGGCCACGGUCUCUUCGGCUCCUUUGAGAUGUUGUCAUCAUGGAGGCGAACACGGGAGGAUCAGCAUGUAAAAGAGCGAGUGGCAAGCGUCUUUGAGGAUGUCAUGCUGCGUUUCUCCGGCUCCACCAUGAUCCACCUGAUGACGUUGGGUUUGGCUGCCUCGCCGCUCACCAACAUGGAGGCCGUCCGCCUCUUCUGCCGCACCGCUGCCCUUGCCAUCACCAUCAGCUACAUCUACAUGCUGUCCUUUUACAGUUCCUGCCUGGUGUUUACAGGCUACUUGGAGACGAGGUAUAGACAUGGCUGCUUCUGUCGGCGAGUACCAAAGCCAGACCGGCUUGAUUCGAAACCGGCUUGGUACCGGUGUUUGAUGUACACCCGUUACCAAGAUGAGGCGCAAUCAACCAACCCGCCUCAUGGAGUUGGUCACACUCAUGUGCCAAAUCCUAACCUAACUCACAUGGCAAACAGUUCUUGUGUUCAUGGACACAUGGCGAACUCCAUACAAACCCACUCACCCCAUCACACUCAUUCAACAAUAGCUGCAGUUCCUCACCCUCAGGACUGCCAUCUUUUGUUGGGAUGUGUCCGGCAUUGCUAUGGAGACUGGAUCACCAACACUUACGUCAAACCCUUUGUAGUUUUACUGUAUCUGGUUUACAUCUCCUUUGGAUUGAUGGGCUUUCUUCAGAUGACCCAGGGCUCUGAUCCCAGUGCACUAGUUGCCACAGAUACAGUAACAGUGUUGUACACACGUGCGCAGCAUCGGUACUUCAGCUCCUACUCGCCAGUGAUUGGAUUCUACAUCUACGAAAGCGCCCCCUACUGGAACGCCUCGGUGCAGCGGGACCUGCUGGAGUACGCCAAAGGCUUCCAGAGGAUCAGCUGGCUGGAGGCGUACCUGAGCUACCUGUCUGACCGCAACCAAUCCACCAGCCAGCCUCGCGAGAACUUCACCCGCACACUGCGCCACUCCUUCCUUCUCGAGCCGCAGUUCGCCCACUUCGCAGAUGACAUCAUCUUCGCAGAGCGCGGACAAGGGGAGGAGCCAGACGUGGCAGCCUCACGCAUCUUCUUGGUUGCCAAGACGACGGAGAACAAGCGCGAGGAGAUGUCUGUGCUGCUCGACACUCUGCGCCGCCUGUCUCUCACCUCUCGGGUGCGCUUCUUGAUAUUCAACCCCUCCUUUGUAUACUUGGACCGGUAUGCGACGGCGGUCAGCUCCCCCCUCAGACACUCACUGCUGGCGGUGCUCUUCCUGUUGGGUCUGUCCUCUCUGGUCGUCGUGGAGCCACUGGUCUCCCUGUGGCUCGGACUCACCCUUCUCUCUGUCCAGUUUGGGGUUCUGGGCUUCAUGACUUUGUGGGGCGUGGAGAUGGACUGCGUGUCGGUGCUGUGCCUCAUCACGGCUUUGGGACACUCGGCGGACUGCAGCGGCCCCCUCCUCUGUGGCUUCGCCUCGGGCCGCGGUGAAAGCAGGACUCGCUGGGUUCGCUUGGCGUUAGAGCGACACGGCGUUCCCUCCCUACAGACGCUUGUGUGCUACUGCGCUGCCCUGGUGCCCAUCUGCGCUGUGCGCUCCAACCUCACUCGCACACUCUUUCGCUGCCUCACUCUGACGGCCGGGUGCUCGGCCCUGCACACGCUGGCCUUCCUGCCGACCCUCCUCACCUUCCUGCCUCCCUCCAAGAGCAGGGACCAUCGGCCAGGAAGAGAGGGCCAGAGGCAGGAAGUGGAGUGUGUUGAAAUGAAUGACAGCACCAGAGUAGUGGACCAGAUCACCACUGUUUGAGCACGUAGAGGUUGAAAGAUUAGCAAAAGGGGCAGUAUUAUGUAAAAUCAACUUUUUUAGCUUUACAUCGGGUUAUGAUGUCAUUCCCUCAUCACAAACAUGCCUGGAUUGUUGCUUUGAUUCCUUAAUGCAUGUUUGAGAAAUCUUCUGAUGUCCAUGGAAACCAUUCUGCUGUUCAAAACACCUGGUUGGACGUAGCCCCGCCCUCAAGGUGCAUCUUCUCCCCCACUCAACUCCUUCAGACUAGCCAGCAGCAAUUAGCAGGCACUUGGUGGAAAUGCAUAUGUGGUAGAGCUACUUUUUGGUGCAAUUCUGGAGAAAACAUCGUUAAAGGGUUUAAAGAGGAGCCAUAUUGUGAUAACAUUCCGAAAGAACAGAUGCUUCUUAAAGAGACAGAAGCCCAAUUUCAAGGCGCCAAAUUAUGAAAUCAAAUUUCUGUGAAGUCAAACAGCAUUUUGAAGGUAACGCAGUUACUUGACUGUGCUACAAAAUGGCACAAAAAUACAUAAUACUGCCUCUUUAACAAGGAAAAAUAUGAAAGGAUUUUUCCCUGGAUGAAAUGUCUUUCCUGCUUAUUGGUGGAGCAAUGCGGCAUGUAAAUGAGUUUUCUCCCAAUCACAGGAUUGAAAAUGUGCCUGGAUGUAAACACUUUUCUUUUUAGAACUGGCUUUAGAUUUGACCCUUUACUGCCUCCUGCUGUAUUUACUUUCUGUUUGCCAUAUCAUGUUGCACAAUUUCAGCUUGGAUGACCGGACGGAAUCCUCUGUAUUACUUAGUAUUUCUACUUUAAUGCUGGACAAAUAAAGUCAGAAUAAGAGAACGUAA